UUUACAUUUUCAUCCCCCCCCUCCCCCCACCAUCCUGAUUUCUAUCUGCUUCUUCAGAACGCCGGUGAAAAUCUGUAGCCUCGAAGCAGAUCAGCGUACAAACUCGAACAAGGUUUUUGGAAUUCUGUUUUGUAUGUGUGGAAGUCUUCCACUGAGCAAUGAAUGGAGGUGAAGACAAGAAAGAUACUGGAGUUAGUGAUAAGAAUGAGAAGCAGUGUGAGGUGUUGAUGUGGGGGUAUUUCCCGGGAGUAACAGCGCAGAGAUCGCCGUUGACUUCUCCGGCCACUGUACGUUUCCCAGAGGGAGAGUUAGCCGGAGACUCGUGGAUGGAUGUUUGUGCCGGCGGAUGCGGCUUCGGCAUGGCUAUUUCCGCCUGUGGUAAACUAAUUACAUGGGGAUCAGCUGACGAUCAAGGCCAAAGCUAUCUGACGUCAGGGAAGCAUGGGGAGACUCCAGAUAUAUAUCCUCUUCCAACAGCUGACCCAAUUAUAAAAGCUGCUGCUGGUUGGGCACAUUGUGUUUCAGUAACAGACAAAGGUGAAUUGUACACGUGGGGCUGGAAGGAGUGCGUUCCAUCUGGAAAAGUCCCUCGCUGUUGGACUAGUAUGAAGACCCGAGAAGAUGAAACUUCUACAAAACAAAGUUCAACUGUAACUGAACCAGGGAGCCCUCAGUCUCAUAGUACAAAAUCGACAAGUGGAUCAGUUUCUUGUCAAAAUGAUAAAGGCUCUGGAGAUGAAAGUAUGAAGCGAAGGAAAGUUAUAACUCAACCAGAAUAUGAAGCAUCAAUACCUGCAGAUGAAACCCUUUCAUUGCCGCCUUGUCUUGUAAACUUGGAUCCGGGGGUGAAGAUUACCUCAGUUGCUGCUGGGGGGCGCCAUACUCUGGCACUGUCAGAUGGGGGACAGGUCUGGGGUUGGGGCUAUGGAGGUGAAGGUCAGCUCGGCUUGGGAUCUCGAAUAAAAAUGGUGGCAUCUCCUCAUUUGAUACCUUGUAUUGACCUAUCAUCAAAUGAAAGAGACAGCUCUGUGGCCAUUAAUCAAGAAAGUGUUUGUGUGGGUGCGGAGCAACGUAAAUCCAUAGGAAAUUACAUAAAGGGAAUUGCUUGUGGAGGCAGGCACAGUGCAGCAGUCACUGAUGCUGGCGUGCUUCUUGCCUUUGGUUGGGGCCUGUACGGGCAGUGUGGACAAGGGAAUACUGAUGAUUUGCUUCGACCAACAUGUGUGCCUUCGCUACUGGGCACCCAGAUUGAAGCAGUUGCAGCCGGACUAUGGCAUACAAUUUGCAUCUGUGCCGAUGGCCGUGUUCAUGCUUUUGGUGGGAAUCAGUUUGGGCAGUUGGGUUUGGGAACAAAUCCUGAUCAAUGUGAGAAGUUGAUCAGAAACCAUUAUUGUCAAGUACUCUGGUGUGAAGUUACGAUUUGCAAAGAAGAUAAGCAGAUUGUUCCCAAGCUCUUAGAUGCUUCGGUCCUGGAGAGCAAGAAAGCCAAAGUGGCGUCUUCUGGAGCUCGCCAUAAUGCUAUACUAACUGAGGAUGGCAAAAUCUUCUGCUGGGGAUGGAACAAAUAUGGUCAGCUCGGUCUAGGAGACACGGUGGACAGAAAUAUACCUGCUCAGGUUCUUUUUAAAGAUUACAUGCCCAAGAAUGUUGCCUGUGGUUGGUGGCAUACACUCUCACUAUGUGAGCCAAUCUCGAUAAAGUAGUAUUCAUACAUUGGAGUGGUCGUUGUACUCAAAAGUUGUUGGUUUAUAGGAAGCUGUGACAACGUUAUAUUAUUAAUGGAAGCAGAAUCUCGUUUCCUUGGUCUUGUCCAAAACGGGUUCUGGAGAUCUCCCCUGGUGCCAGAUUAUGAGCAAAGCGAUUCAAUUACAUAUGAAUAGACAAGCUUAAAUCUUGCUUAGGAGAGGCGGCCGACUUUGUUGCAAUAGUUGCAUGGGCUUUCAUUUUCUCGCGGAAGGACGUGUAUGGGUAACGGGUGUUAUCAUAAAUAUUAUGAAAUAUUGGAUUUAUGGUGGUUUCAGGCCUUGUUCUUUGGGCUUCUGCACACCCUUGUUUUCAGUUUAGUUGGGUAAAUUACAAUAACCUCCUAUAAAAUUUGAUGU